AUGGCUUCCCUUCCCACGAUACAAAGCGAAAUAACGGACGGAGUAGGAAUAUUGCGUUGCUUAAGCAUUUCAAAAUUAGUUUCUCUUUUUUUCUUACCGGGUUCGAACGCGCAACUGCCACAGCUACGAAGCCGGUCUCAGCUUAAUCAAACUCUCUCUCUCUCUUUUUAUCGCUCUCUCUCUUUUCCGUUGUUUCUCUCCAUCACGUUUCUGUUUUUCUCUCUCUCUCUCCCGUUGUCACUAUUUCUCUCUUCUUACAGUUGUGUGUGUGUCUCUCUCACCAGUUGUCUCUCUUUCCCGAUGUUUCUUCUUACCGUUGAUCUUGUCUCUCUCUCUCCUGUUGUCUCCUCUUACCGUAGUCUCUGUCUCUCUUUUUUUUUACCUUUGUCGCUUCUUACCGUUGUCUCUCUCUCUCUCUCUCUGCCGUUGUCACUGUUUCCUCUCUCUCUUUUUACAGUUGUCACUCUCAUCGUUGUUUCUGUCUUUCUCUCUCUUCCGUUGUCCUUCUUAACGUUGUCUCUGUCUCUCUCUCUCUCCCAUUGUCUCUCUCUGCCGUUGUCUCUUCUUACCGUUGUUUCUGUUUCACACACACACACUCUCUCUCUCUCCCCUUGUCUCUCUCUCUCUCUCCCCUUGUCUCUCUCUCUCUCUCUCACCUUGUCUCUCUCUCUCUCUCUCUCUCUCUCUCUCUCCCUUCUCUCUCUCUCUCUCACCUUGUCUCCUCUCUCUUGUCGUCUCUCUCUCUCUCUCUCACCUUGUCUGUUUUUAACGUUGUCUAUGCCGCUCUUGUUAUUUUACUGUUAUCUCUCUCCUGUUGUCUCUUUUUACGUUGUCUAUGUCUCUCUCUUUUUACCUUUGUCUCUCUCUCUCCCAUCUGGUUUUGAGAAAUCAUUUCUUCACGAAUUUGAUUUCCGAUGA